GACCCCAGAAUUCAAGAAUGCUUCAGUGUCCGCUUAACCAGUAUUGUAUGGUGUUAUAACGUUUUCAUCUUUGACUUCGAUGUCCUAUUAUUGACAGCAGAAGUCGAGCAAGACUUCCUGCAACAACGAAGAAUUUAACUGUUAUUCGAGAUAGCGUUUGAAUUUGAAUUCAGUAGCUUUUCACGAUAUAGGGCUCUUGAAAUUGCGGAACGAUGGAAAUGUGACGGAAUAUACGUAUUUUUCAUUUUUGAAUUUGUGUGAAUUUUGUUCUGUUUUCUUUAGUUCGUUAGGGACUCUGUGAAUAUGAAAUUCAACAAUGGGAUAACUUAUAUGGUGACAACGAUAUUAUGCCUUGUAUCAGAAGUAAUUUCAAAAAUACCUUCACAAUGUCGAGGUGGAGGUGAUCUAAAAUACCUUUGGGGUGAUGCUCUGUCUGAUAGUCCUGAUUGUUUGGGGCCUAACGAUAUGCCUUAUCCUACUGCCACCAUAGAAAGAUCUCUAAAAAGCAAUGUUUGGGGUGGAAAUCAUAGAAAAGGAAGAUCUCAACAAACGACGAUAGAUCCUUUCGUUACAAGGAAAGCUUUAUUGAAGGCCCACGAACUCAGCAGUGGGGAUGAACAUGAACUCAUUUCUAGGAAAGGGAGAGCAUCAUAUCCUACGUCCACCAAUACUUGCGCUGGAACUCCUUCUAGGCUGUGCAAGACGAGAUACAACACAACAGCUCCGAUGUAUGGUGUUUCUCUUACAUCUGGACAACCUGUUACGAUAGUACAAAAGUUUCCAGAUCUUCUACAACAAGUAGUAUUUGAGGUUUGUGAAAGCAAUGAAUGUGAUGUAGUCAGAGGAGAGUGCACUCAGACCUACGUUCCUUAUCUGUUUUUGGUAAUACCUUUGGGUCCAGUCACACUCACAGGUCAGGAUUACGUUCUGGUGGAAAGUGGAUGUGUCUGCAGACCGAAAUAUGCGACACAAACCAUUCAAGAUUCCAAUCCUUUACCUGCCAUUCCAGUUUUAUAAAAGACGAGGAGUUUUGAUCAAAAAAUUCGGUUUCAACAUUCAAACAAAUGUGUUAAAAUGUAUUGGUUAUGUUGAUUAUAGUGAGAUCUCUCCAAAACAUGUAUGGACAUGUAAAUGUUCGGUUUUGAAAUAUUUAAUAAUGUGAAAAUCUGAUGAAAAUGAUUGAAUUAUCCCAUAGAAAAAGGGAGCUUUUGUCUAGUAGCGAUUAUUAUAAUAUUUAUUUCGAUUAGGUAUGUAGUGUAUUAUUAAUAUUUAUUUUUUUACUUAGAGAAGUAGAGAAUCGAUUUGUCUGAAAUUGUGAUUCAUGUGCUAUUAAAGUUUAUUUAGUGGUA